AUGGAGAAAGAGAAAAAAACUGAAUCUGCCAAAGCAAAUAUCGAGGAAGAGAGGAAAAAGAGGGAAGAUGUCGAGAAAAAAUUGGAACCAAUGAAGAAGAAAGAGAACCGGGUUGAAAAUAAGCGAGGACGCGAGGGAGAAGCAGGUCAUGAAUAUGAAAAGGAUAAUAGACAAAGAAAGGAAGAAAACCGAGAAAAAAUGAAGGAAGAGAAGAAAACGAGGGAAGCAGUGGAGCAGGAACUGGAAGAAAUAAAGAAGAAAGAAAACGAAGAAGUGCAAAAAUUGUGGGCUGAGCUGGAAAAGGAGAGGGAGAAGAAUCGAAUGCUCCAGGCUCAACUGGAUGAAGUCCCCAGAAAUGAAGAUGUCCCAUCUGAAACAAAGGAGAUGGAAGUUCAGGCAUCUAUUGAGAAAUUGGAUUAA